AUGUCGAUACCGCGGGAUGUUCAAGAAUUCUUGCUGGAAUAUCCUGGUGUCUCCGAUCAGACACGCAAGCAGCGCAACCUCGAGUUUUAUAGAAAUGUUAGGCGCUGCCAACCAGAUAAUAUGCUCAUUGAGGAGCUCUUGCGGAAUUGGCAAGAUGACUUCGAAACGUUAGAAUACGAGCAUGGCUUCAUACAAUGGCUAUUUCCGAUUCGCGAGUUCGGUAUGAAUUACGACUCGCAGCCGCUACAAAAACACGAAAUAGAGGCAAUGAAGGGUGACGAAGUCGUCAUGCAGCGACUCGUCCGCUCGUACAGGCUCAUGCUCUCGUUCUAUGGAAUGGAACUCCUCGAUGAGGAGACUGGGCUUCUCAGCCGCUCACUCCAAGAGUCUCAGUAUCUGAGUGGAAUCGUAUCACAUGACGGAUAUCGAUCUCGUUACAGGAAUCUCGUCAGAUCACCACAUAACUAUCUACGCAUUUCUAGAAUUCUUAAAUGCUUAUCGGAGCUAGGCAUGGAGCAUAUGAAUGCCGGGUUCCUUCUCCACGUCCUCUGUGAGCAGUCGGACCAGAACAAGCUCAACGCCCAACAUUUGAGGAACAGUAUGGACCGCUGGUGGAUCAACUGCAUUAGAAAUGAGCACGAGAGACUCUUCAUCAAUGAGCUUGUCGCCCAAGUUCGCGGAGGUGGGAGAGUGUUCAACAGAGCCGACUACGAACAGUUACUCGCCCAACGGAAGGAAACAGGAAGACUCCAGUGGCCAGAAUCUGACACACUUGAUGCCAUAUAUCCUCAAGACCAGCCAGAGUCCGAAGAGCAGGCCGGUGCACCAAGCGAGGGACACAGGAAGCUCAAAAAGACCAAAAAGGGCGUAGAAUGA